AUGACCAGCGCACGCGCAGUCGAGGUCUUCGGGUACGCGGCGGUGUCGACGGUGGCCACCGGCCUGGGCGCCGUCCCCUUCUUCCUCCUCGAUAGCUCACGCAGCCUGCCGCGUCUGGCCACCGCAUCGGCCAAUGCCGCCGCCGCAGGCCUCAUGCUUGGUGCUUCAGCUCUCAUGGCUGUCGAGGCCUGGGACGUCUCGCCGCUCGCCCUGCUGCUCGGUCUCGUCGCAGGCAUCGCCUUUGUCGCCGCAUCGCGCGCCGUCCUCGACUGGAUCGGCCUUGGCGAUCCGCUCGAUCUCGCUGCGCCGCCGCCCGCUGCGCCGGCUGCCGCCGCUGGCUCGGCUGAGACCCGCCAGAGUGGUGGUGCCCGGGAAGGCGGGGCGGGGCUGCGGGCACGCAAGGGCGGCGAACCUGUGGCGGCCGGCCAGCCAAAGACGGCGAGCGAGGCAGGCACCGGGCAGAGGGGCAACAGAUCGCGGAUGCUGCUGUUUGUCCUUGUCUUUACCCUCCACUCGUUCACCGAGGGCGUGGGCCUCGGCGUCUCGUUUGGCGGCUCGGUCGGACUCGGCCCGUUCAUGUCGCUCGCCAUCGCCCUGCACAACGUGCCCGAGGGCCUGGCCAUUGCGCUCGUCAUGGUCCAACAGGGCAAGAGCGCGCUUGAGGCCAUGGCAUGGGCCAUCUUUUCUUCCGUUCCUCAAGCGGUAAUGGCUCUGCCGGCCUUUGUCUUUGUUGACGCCUUUGCGCCGGUGCUGCCGGUUGGCCUCGGCCUCGCCGCCGGCGCCAUGGUCAUGAUGCCCUGCUGCUAG